AUGAGGUUUCUUCUUGAUCAGAACUUCCACGUCUACAAGGCGCAACAUGCUCCAAAAUUUACACAACAACACCUCUCCACGAUAAAAACCCUCUCGGCCAACUAUGUCUACAACAAAUACAUCUCCACAACAGCAGACAUAAUACCCAAGUAUGACAGCGUUGAAGAUGUGGAAAUCGGGGUCAACGCAGACAGUAUCAGCCAAGGUGACCUUGAAGUGACCUACGUUACAAUAAAACACGGUUCCUCGUCUCAGAUGGCGUGUUUUGUUAGAGAUAACGAGACUAUUUUGGCAUUGCUCAAGUCGGGGGCACCGGAGUUUUUGGUGAAUCUACUUGAGUCCUUGGAUUUCGAUCAGCCUCUUCUGUUAAGGCCUCAGCCUGUGGGGAGCGGGGGAAUCCUGGCAUUGGUCGAUGCCAUGGCGCCUGUUUUGGCUGUAGAUCUGGGGAUCAUGGGGAAUAUUGAUAUAACGUUUACGCCGAGAGAAAAGCUAAAGAAAGACUCGCUUAAAGAAAUCUUGAUUAAUACCAAUGCAUACUUUGUCGUUGUGGUUGACCAAAGCCACGAGCGUGAAGUUCAGAAAUAUGGAAACAAAAACAUUCACGAGUGA